AUGACAAGCAUUACAACAACAGUAGUGAAGACAGGGAAGAAACCCACUCCAACAACAGCUGUAGGGAUUCCAUCUCCAUCUACACAAAGAUCCAUUGAAGGAAUGCUUACAAUGAAGAAAACAACAGCUACAAUGAACACACAGGCCAUGCAAGCCACCCUGUUAACAAUACAGGAGAUGAUGAUGAAAUUACAGGAAAACAUGACUAAGAACCAUGGAGAAAUGAAAAUAGAGAUGGAAGAUGUGAAAAGAGAAGUGAGAAAGGAUAUUCAGAAGUUGGAUGAGAAAGAAUCUAGGGCAGCCCCGCCAGCCACCACACCCACCAAGUGGGAAAGUGCCAACGCCCCAUGGUCACGGCUUCACAUCGACCUGGCCGGGCCAAUGCAUGGCAAGACUUUCUUGGUGGUCAUGGACUCGUAUUCUAAGUGGAUAGAUGUGGCCUUACUUCCCACGACCACCACCCAGGCAGUUGCUAAAGCCCUGACUCGUUUUUUCGUGACUCACGGACUUCCUGACACACUGGUCUCCGACAAUGGCCCCCAGUUCACUUCGAGUGAAUUUAGCAGGUAUGUCACCAAUCUGGGCAUCAGACACGUCCUCACGGCCCCCUUUCACCCUGCUAGCAACGGGUUGGCAGAGAGAGCAGUCAGAUCGGCUAAGGAGGCACUGGCCAGGUUCGGCCAAGAAGACUGGCAUUCUAAACUGUCUCGUUUCCUCCUAAGCCAGCAUACUACACCUUGCACAACUAUGAACAAGUCCCCGGCCGAACUGUUAAUGGGGAGA